AUGCGUGUGAAGAAGUUGGAGAAUGAAAAUAAAGAGUUGGUGAAAAAGAUUGACGCUGAUCAAUCUGAGAUAGAUAUCUUAAAAGUACGAGUUGCUGAACUCGAAGAAGAAAAGACUCGAAGAGAUGAACAAAAUGAAUACUUCAAGUUGAAGAACAAAGAAUUAGAAGCAGCUAAAAAAUCAAGAGAUCACGAGUUCUAUAUGUUGAGCAAAGUAGUUGAAAGCAUGCUUGGAACAUCCGUAGAGCAAAAAUUUGAAGAGCUGCAAGUUGAGGAGAUCAGAGUACAACGUCAAGCAGAAAUAGAUAAACAAAUGAAAGAUAAAGGUAAAGGCGCUGAGGGAAGUUCUGCAGUGAUAGAGAGAUCAAUAGUACCUUCUAUGGUUGCUGAAAAUCCUGAGCCGAUAUCUUCUAUCUCUAGUGUAUUUGAAGAAGAAACUCCUCUUUAUGAAUUAACGGGUAACGAUGAUGAAGAUGAUGAUGACGAGGAAGAUGAUGAAGAUGAGAAAGUGUUUUCUGCGAGCAGUCAUGAUUCCGACGAUGAUGAUGACGAUGCUACAGGUGGUACAGGUGUAAAAGUUACUGAAGCUUCCACUGAGAAAAUAGUUGAUGAUUUGUUAAAUGAUUCAGUGAAUGAAGAAUCAGGGGGAGCAGAUGGAAAGGGGGAGUCUAGUGAAGCUCAGAUUGUUAAACAUACUGAGAGGUUAAUUCUGGGAUUGGAUACUUACAGAGAAAUGAUGCAUACAGUGAAUCCUGACUUCAACGUCGAUCUUGAAGAAGAAUUGAAUGAUUUUGACAUCAAUUAA